AUGCCGCGCCGGAAGGUCUACCGCGUCCAGGACCUCCAGGCGGAGGUGGACAGCCACACGGAGCUGUAUCACUCCCUGGACGAAAACGGCCAGAGGAUCCUGAGCUCCCUGGGGGAGGACGGGGACGGCGUCCUGCUCCGCAAGCGCCUGGACAACAUGGGCCAGCGCUGGGAGGACCUGCGCGCCCAAACGCUGCGCAUGAGGACCUACCUGGACUCGGAGAUGGCCCCGUGGAAGAGGCUGCACCUGUCGCUGCAGGAGCUGCUGAACUGGCUGAGGCUCAGGGGUCAGCAGCUGGAGCAGGAACCGCCUGUAGGGGGCGAUGUUCCCGCCGUGCAGACGCAGCUGGACACGCACAGGGUUUUCAAGAAGGAUUUAAGAAUGAAGGAGCCUGUGGUGACUAAGGCCCUUGAUGAUGUGUCGGUCUUUCUGUCUGAACUGCCUCAAGACUCCCCGUCGACUGAACAGAAAGAUAUCAGCCCAGAGGAGCGUGCUCAGAACGUCGGGCGCGUCUUGCGGAAGGAAGCGGACGACGUGACCAGCAAGUGGAGUCAGCUCAACGUCAACUCCGCCAGUUGGCAGAGGAGGCUGGAGCUGGCUCUGGACAGGCUGAUGGAGCUCCAGGAGGCAGAGGACCUGCUGGACACACAGCUGAAGCAGGCCGAGAUGGUGAAGAGUGCCUGGGAACCAUUGGACGAUGUUCCGGUGGACUCCCUGCCCGAUUACAUUGAAAGAGUCAAGGACUUCCAGGAGGAAAUCGCACCGAUCGAAGAAGACGUGACACACAUGAACCAGUUGGCCUCCGCUUUUGAUCCCACUGACAUUCAGCUCUCAACCAACAACCUGGAACACAUAGAGGACCUCAACAUGCGCUGGAGGCAGCUCCAAGUAAUCAAACCUGCAACCACAGAGUUCGAAACGCUGAAGAUUAAGCAUGCGUAG